AUGAAAUCAAACGCAGAAUUUGCUGUGACGCGUUGGGAAGUGCAUGAGACCGAGACAGAUUGCAAUCUAAUCAUUCGCUCAACCUCAGGACAAGUGUUCUAUUGCCAUAUCAACCCCGACAAAUUCAUUGAUUCUCCUACUGUUCUUGAACAAUAUCUCAAAUGUCUCAAGAUUCUACAAACUGGUGAGCAGGAGAUCGAUGAUUUUUAUGACGACGAUGCCUACGAAUGGCUGUCUCAAUCCUUUGCCACGUUGAUCACCCAGCUGUUACGGUCUUCGGGCAUGGACGCUGUUGUGAAUCCGACCUUGGCGCAUUAUCUAUUUCCUUCCAAAGUAUACAACAUUCAACUCUUUGCAGUGGAUGAUAAGAUGGGGCCUGAAGUAGUCAAUUCUAAACAUCACGGCUGGAUUAAUCCCAUUAUCGAGGUGGAUAAUGACUUCAUACGCGAACUUGACCAGUGGACUCGAUCUUACGCAACGUCCGACGUGCAAUUAUGCUACGAUCGCCCCGAAGACAGUCUUGUUAAGACACCCAAACGAACAAUUGCAUUCAAUCAAGACGGACAGCCAGUCCAAUGCUUUUUCAAACAAUUCGGCUUGUCAUUUGGUUCGUCGCAUGCAAAAAAGGAGCUUGAGGCAAUGAAGAAAAUUACUCUGGCCCAGUCCCGCCCACCACCUGACACAUUUAUCUGUCGACUGAUUGGAGUAAUACGGGAAAACAGCAAGAUAUUUGGAAUGUUGUUUGCCUGGAUAGACGCGGAGUGCGUAUUAUCAAAGGCUAGAGCAGCAAAAACCCCGGCUACCUUGAGGGGACGCUGGUUAUCACAAAUUAAUAGAUCAGUCCAGUGGUUGCACGAAGAAGGAAUCGUCUGGGGCGAUGCCAAAGCAGAUAAUGUUCUCAUAGAUAAGAACGAAAACGCGUGGAUCAUUGAUUUCGGUGGUAGUUACACCCCGGGUUGGGUUGAUAAAGACAAAGCCGAGACUCUGGAAGGCGACUACCAAGGUGUGGGCAAGAUUAAUGAGAUGUUACGUCGAUGA